CUGACAGAAAGGGAAAAACCAAGUCCUAAUUACUAAAUUGUGUUCUCUGGUCUUUGGAGGAGAACAACAAGAAAUCGAAAAUGGUGUUCUACUUCAAAGCCCGACCCGAGGCCGGUGAUUACACCAUUUUCAUGGGCAUCGACAAGCAUGAGAACGAAGAGCUUAUCAAGUACGGCUUCCCCGAAGACAUUUGGUUUCAUGUGGACAAAAUGUCUUCUGCCCAUGUUUAUUUAAGACUUCAAAAAGGUCAGACAAUUGAUAAUAUAAGUGAAGGUUUGCUUGAGGAUUGUGCUCAGCUUGUCAAGGCGAAUUCCAUCCAAGGCAACAAAGUGAACAAUGUUGAUGUUGUUUACACUCCCUGGUUCAAUUUGAAGAAAACUGCUUCCAUGGAUGUUGGCCAAGUUAGCUUUCACAACCCAAAGAUGGUUAGGACUGUGAGAGUGGAGAAGCGGAUAAAUGAGAUAGUCAACAGACUGAACAGGACAAAAGUGGAGCGAAAACCCGAUUUGAAAGCUGAGCGAGAGGCAGUCAAUGCAGCAGAAAGAGCAGAGAGAAAACAACAGUUGAGGGAGAAAAAACGGCGUGAGGAGCUGGAAAGGCUUGAAAAGGAGAGACAGGCAGAGAUAAGGAGCUACAAAGGUUUGAUGGUCUCUCAGAAUAUGACAUCAAACAAGCAAAUUGCAGCAACAAACAAGUCUUUGCAGGAACUUGAGGAUGAUUUUAUGUAAAGCAUAUUGGAUCUAAAUUUUCAUUAAAUUAAUCACUGCCAAAAUUUAUGCGUUUCGAGAAGGGUGGUUUGCCAUUUGUUUGUGAUUCUAGGUGUGAAGUCACUAUCCUUGUGCACGAGACAUAAUCACAAGAAGAGGUAAAAGAAAAGAAUAGAGUGAAGGGUUGGGUGCUGGGAGAUGAACUUCUCUUAUACUGACUGUGUUGUAUGAAUAUGAUAUUUAUCUCCGUUGCUGUUAUAUGUGAUUUUAUUCUCUCUUCCUAAUAAUGUUAUGAGUUCAACUUGUUCUUCUCGUAUAAAAAAGACAUGAUAUA